UCAAUUUGAAAUCCUCUCAGCUCGACGAAAUCCACCAUCGUGAUCCCAACCCCGCCCCCAUCUUCAUCCCGCUCUCUGUCUCUCUACAAUUUCAAAUGAAGUCGAUCUUAGUUCGAUAACCGCUGCAGACUGAAGAGAGCGAGAGAGGGAAAAAGCAGCAGCAAUCAGCUAUCUCUUUCUCUCUCCUCCAAGAUCUCGCCUUUGGAUACCCCCACGACCCCUGAUUCCGUAAAGAGGGUUUCUUGGAUCUCAAAAUGGAAGAGCAACCGCAGAUUCUGGAGGGCGGGAAGAGGAUCGAGGCGAGGGAUCUUGGUUCGGUUCUGCGGAUUGGAGGAAUGCAAAAAUGUUCAAACUUAACAGAAGCUGAGGUAGAUAAUCAUCAGGGCAAAGAAAAGGAAACUUCCCAAAACACAAGUACAUCUGCAUCUCUACAUUCAAAUGAACCAGUACAAUUAAUGACACAUGGUAAUCCUGUCGCACCAUCAACUAGUGCGUGUUUGAGUUUAAGCCUAGCUGGUAGCCUUCAGUCUUCUGCCAACCCGAUAAAAGCUGAUAAACCUGAUUCCCAGAAGAUGAUCUUCACAAAUCUCAACUUGGACCUCAAUGAAAAACCCUUUCAGCAUGAUAAGAAGUUGGAACAGUUUAGACCUACAGAUGCAUCAGAGUGCAGUAGCACCAAUGGUCCCUCGCACGAGAGUAAUCCGUUAAAAUUGUGGAGGGAGAUGAAGCAGAACGGUUUCCUCUCAUCCUCUCAUGGAGGCAUACCUGUUCCGAAGCGAAGGGGGCGUCCACCUAAAAGGAAAAAAGAUGACGGGCUCCUGAAAAAGAGUGAUAUAACAAAACGAGAAUAUCCAUACAAGUACUCUAAGGAUUCUGCUCCUACUGGGCUGCUCUCUGGACUGGAUCCCAGGAUCAUUAGACAUGUGAGAAAUAAGAAGCAGGUCAAUUCUAUACUAAAGGCCGUAGUGGAAUCUGAAAGAAGUGAUGCCCAAAUGCAGAAUAUGAAUGCAAACCAAAUUGGAAGUGAAAGUGAGGAUGUUAUAUCCCAUAGUUCAGCUGGAGAUCAGUCCAGUUUAUAUUACAGGCCUUUGUUCUCUGGUUCAGAUCAUGAAAGUUCUACCUUACCACGAUUGAUCCUGGAAGAUGAUGAUGACUCUCUUAAUUUGAAAUUGUCAUCUGCUGUUUCUAUUGGGUCAGAGAAUGCUAGCAAUACGUCCAAUGAUGAAUUCUCUGCAGACUACGAUACCAUUGCUUCUCUAUCGAUGAAAGGUGCUUCCGUAGCUUCUCAAUGGUUGGACCUCCUACAACAGGACAUCAAAGGACGGCUUGCUGCACUACAGCGUAGUAAGAAAAGGUUGAGGAACGUUUUUCAAACUGAACUGCCUUACCUAUUAUCAGUGGAGUUAUCUGAUCGAGAAAAAGAUGGAUAUUUUGAACAUUCAUCUGAGAGUGCGUGUUCAAUGAAGGCAAGUUUGGAUGUGCACAUGGAGAAAUGGAAAUCUAUUUUCAGUCAAAUGGACAAAGCACUGUAUGAGGAGGGCAACCACCUUGAGAACUGGCUGAAGCAAGUCCAAGUCAUGCAAUCACACUGUGAAGGAGGACUGAAGUAUUUCGGUACAAGUCUCACUAUGUCACUAGCAGAGGAAUUCAGCGGGCUAAAGAAAGCAGAGGCUAUAGAGCGGGAAAACGCGGUGAGGGCAGCUGCGGCUUCCAUCUACUCCACAAGCAACUUGAUCAUGUCUGAAGAAAAUGUUUCUGGCUUCUAAAUUCAUUUAAGCCUUCACACUUUUAUACCUUCUAAUUAUGGCAGCGCCAUUGUUUCGCUAUGUUUACAGUGUCUGUAUUGUUUUACACCACAUUUUCCCUCUUUCUUUUGAUCGCCUUGUAAAUUUUCAUCAUUCACGUGUAAACUAUUAUUAAUUUUGUCUCUUUUCAUAA